CCUUGCCUUACCUUUGCACCAACAGCACACAGACCAAGUCCUGCGCAGCUGUUUCCAUGGAAGCCGUGGAUGAAGAGGAUGACUUGGCGCCCCCACCUCCACCUCCAGCUCCGCCGGUUGAAGAAGCACGUCGGCCUUCGGACUCUACCAAGCACAAAGGCAAGCAAGGAGAGAAGACCGAGAAGCCGAGUGCUGAGUCCACCAGGCUGUGGUACCUUCUGCAGGAGCGAAAGACCAAAGCUGUCGCAGACUGGCUUUCCCAUUCCGAGGGCCAGCGAGAGGUGAACAUCCGGGACAAGGCUUUCGGUUGGACCCCUGCGCACUUCGCGGCACACUUGGGCUCCUCCCACCUGGUGAAGCUUUUGGCGGAGGGCAAGGCGCAUUUAGAUGCUUCCUGCAGUGAAGGCAACACGCCGCUGAUGUGUGCAGCACGGCAGAACAAUGUGAGCGCAGCCUCCUACCUGGUCGCCAGGAAGGCGAAUCUGAACUUGGUCAACAACAACGGCUGGACCGCGUUGAUUUGGUGCGCCAUCAACGGCUGCGAGGAUGUGGCCACCACAAUCCUCAGCGCCAGUGCAAACUACCUCACUGCAGACAACGAGGGUCGUACCGCCUGCAUGUGGGCAGCGCGUCAUGGGCAUCUCUCAAUGGUAGAGACGCUUCUGGCCAACGGUUUGAACCUUCUGCAGACGGAUGAAGCGGGCCUCACGGUCUAUGACCACGCGCAGGAGCAGCUGGAGAUGCGCAGCAUGAUCGCCGCGGUGCAGCAGGUGAACGAAGAGCUUCAGGCUGCAGCCAGGAACAACGACUUGGAAGGUGUGAAGAAGGCCAUAGAAGAAGGAGCCAACCUCAACGUGAGGGACGAGGAUGGUUGGACUCCGCUGAUGUGGGCAGCCCUGCACCAAUCCUUGGACAUGGUGCAGCUGGUGAUCCGGCAUGGGGCCAACCCGAACCUCAUCGACGAGCGCGGCGAGGUGCUGCAGAUGCUAAGCACUGAGCACCUUGCUGUGGGUGACUCCGUCAUAGAGAUCGUGGGCUGCAACGAGAGGUUGCUGGAGCAUGCCAAGGCGGGGCGCUGGGACAGCAUCGACGCGGAGCUCCAGAUCGGCGCCUGGGUCAAUGUGAGGGACGAGGCGCGCCGUACUGCGCUCCUCUGGGCGGCGCGGAGCGGCGCCAGUGAGGCGGUGACGAGCCUCGUAAGCAAGAACGCAGACCUCGACGCACGGGAUGAGAGCGGAUGGCUGCCAGUACAUUGGGCCGCCCAGUCUGGCAGUGUCGAGACCCUGUGCAACCUCUACUAUUUGGGUGCCGACUUCACGUCCCGCACCUAUGUGGGGGAGACAGCGCUGCACAUCGCAGCGCAGUACAACGACGGGGCGAUGAUCCAAGUGCUUCUGGCGUCCAACGCAGACAUCGAGGAGCUGAACGUGGAUCUACGCACCGCCCUGCACAUGGCGGCAGCGAAUGGCCAGACGGAAGCCGUGCAGACGUUGAUCUUUUACAAGGCAGACUUUGAGAAGGUCGUGGAGGAUGAGUCCGGGAUGACUGCCUUCCUGCUGGCGGUUGUGAACGAGCGUGUGGCCACUGUGCAAGCAAUGCUGUCCGACAUCCCUCUUCCGCCCAAGCUGCCACUUGCAGGCGCAUCGGAGGUGAAGAAGGGCAAGGCUCAAAAGCUGAAGGUCGAGAAGGAGGACAAGGAAAAGGUGUCGGCGAAAUCCAGGGCCAGCGUGAAGCCCAAGGCGGCAGACCCGGCGCCAAAGACACUCGUCGGAGUCGGGAGCCGGAAGAAGGUAGUGAAGGACAUCCGGGAGAAGCGCGGCGAGCACUCGAGGGCGCUGCUGGAGCAUGCCGCAGAGAUACGGGCCAAGCUCGUGAAGUCCUCCUUCGGCAGUGCCCGGAAGGUGCUGCGCCAAUGUGACGUGGAGCAGCGAAACGCGCUGAGCCUCGCCGUGAUCCACCGCAGCUCCAUUCAGAUCUUGCUGGAAGCCAAGGCUGAGCUGGAGAGUGUGGACGCCAAGGGCAACGGGGCGCUGCACUACGCAGCCAUGAAUCGGGACCGCGAGGUUGUGGCCACUCUGAUGGAGCUCAAUGUCCGCGUGGAUCGGAAGAACAAGGACGGCCUCACUGCGGCCGAGCUUUGCCACGAGGACCCUGAUAUCUUGCACAUGAUCGAGCGGAAGCUGGUGAGUAAGAAGUUGGAAGGCAUGCCAGCCUCCCCCACUCACGUACAAGAAGUGAGCGUCGACAUCGACGUCUCCCAGAGACAUCGGAUCCGCUUCGAGAACUUGCUGACAACCAUGACGCAGGAUACCAUCAGAGAGCAGCUGAAGCUCUUCAUCAAGCAGCGAGGCGCUCCGAAGCCCAUGAAGAUCGAGGUGGGGGUGGACCCCAUCACCGCAAGGCCCAAGGGUCAUGCCUACGCAGACUUCCUGGACCUCUCCGCAGCCGAGCUGGUGCUGCAGGGCGACGGAAAGCCCAUCAACGGCCAGCCGGUGAAGGUCGUCUUUGAAAUUCCGUUCCAGCUAGAACAUCCCCCGCCUCCCCCAAACUGAAGGGCAUCGAUGGAA